CCACUAACGAAACCUCGUACAUGUUUUGUCCUUUGACUCAGAAAGAAACAAACACAGCCAUGUUACCCAUUCCAAUCAAUGAUAAUACUUCUACGAUUGAAAAUCUUUCGUCUCUUAUUUCAAAGUGUGUAACAACGAAAAGCUUGAAGCUUGGCAAAGCAUUGCACUCUCACCUUAUAAAAACCGCGCUUUUCUUUGACGUUUUUCUCGCAAAUAAACUCAUCGACGUGUAUUCCAAAUGUGGCUGUAUAGAGAGUACUCACAAGGCUUUUGAUGAUAUACCAAACAAGACAACACGUUCGUGGAACACGCUGCUCUCGUUCUACUCAAAAACGGGAAGUUUCACUCACGCUUAUAAACUGUUCGAUAAAAUGCCUCAGAGAAACCUCGUCAGCUAUAACUCGCUUAUAUCCGGUUUUACACGUCACGGUUUUCACAAAGAAGCGGUUAACUUGUUUCAUGUGAUGCAAAAUAGUUGCGGUGGUUUGGUGUUAGACGAGUUUACCCUUGUUAGCAUAGUGAGAAAUUGUUCUUGUUUGUGUAACCUUAAAAUGUUGCGUGAGGUUCAUGGUGUGGCAGUUAUAGUUGGAUUUCACUCUAAUGUGAUUCUCAACAAUGCUUUGAUUAAUGCUUAUGGGAAAUGUGGGGAAACCGAUGCGUCUAAUUGUUUGUUUCGUUCGAUGUUAAUUAAAGAUGUUGUGUCUUGGACAUCAAUGGUUGUAGCAUACACUCAAGCAUCUAGAAUAGAUGAUGCUUGUAGAUUGUUUCAUGAUAUGCCAGUUAAGAACAGUGUUUCUUGGACUGCUUUGAUAUCGGGUUUUGCGAAAAACGGACGCUGUUACGAAGCUUUGAAUGUUUUUCACCAAAUGCUUGAGGAAAAGGUAAUGCCUAGUGCUCAAACUUUUGUAAGUGUUUUAGAUGCUUGUGCAAGUGAAGCUCUUAUAGGAAAAGGUAAACAGGUUCAUUGUCAAAUUAUCAGAGGUAGCAAUAGUGGAAACUUGUUUAAUGUGUAUGUAUGUAAUGCUUUGAUUGAUAUGUAUGGAAAAUGUGGUGAUAUGAAAUCAGCUGAAAAUUUGUUUGAUAUCAUUCAUGUGAAGGAUGUAGUGUCUUGGAAUACAUUAAUAAAUGGAUUUGCACAAAAUGGUCAUGGUGAAGAUUCAUUGGCUGUUUUUAGUAGAAUGAUAGAAGCUAACAUAGAGCCAAAUCAUGUGACAUUUCUUGGUGUACUAUCUGCUUGUAGUCAUGCUGGUUUAAUCAAUGAAGGGUUAAAGUUGCUGAAUUUGAUGGAAAGAGAAUACAAAGUGAAGCCUAAAAGUGAUCAUUAUGCUGUAAUUAUUGAUUUGCUUGGUAGGAAAAACAAGCUUAAAGAAGCAUUGUGUUUGAUUGAGAAAGUACCUAAUAAUGGAAUUAUAAAUCACAUUGCAAUGUGGGGAGCAUUGUUAGGUGCUUGUAGAGUUCAUGGAAACUUGGAACUUGCUAAGAAAGCUGCAGAAGCUUUGUUUGAAUUAGAACCUGAAAACACAGGUAGAUAUGUUAUGUUAUCUAAUAUUUAUGCUGCAUGUGGUAGAUGGUGUGAUGCAAAUAGAAUUAGAAAUGUAAUGAAAGAGAGGUGCUUGAAGAAAGAACAAGCUUGUAGUUGGAUUGAGUUGAAGAAUGAAAGGCAUGAGUUUGUGGCCAAGGACAAGUUGCAUCCAGAGAUUGGAGAGAUAUAUGAAGUAAAUAGUAAAUUGGUAAAGCAUUUGAUGGAUGUUGGAUAUCAACCUUAUAUUAGUUACCCUUCUCUUCUUGAUGAGGAUGAUGAUGAUUUCUACUUUAGUUAAUUAGUUUCAGCUGCAUUGAUCAUAA